GUGGGUAGUGAAAGCAAUAAGUUUGUGAAGUGUAUGAGCGGUUAAUAGUGUUGUUUUAGGUAAAUAGUGCCUAUCUUACGAGAGUGCCAACAUAUGAACUUAAAAUAUGGAAAACAUUUCUUUGAAAACAAUUCAAUGCAAACUCUCUGUUUCGUGUACAAUAUACGAAAAUUAUGCCUGGUUGUUAAAUUGUUACGUACUCGACUUUUUUACUGACAACCAUUGGAAUAAGUUACCUAAGUGUUGGCAAAAAUCACUUAAAAACUUGGAUUCUCAUGAAAUAUCUAAACUUCUAAAUUACAAUAAGAAAUUGAGGAGUAAUGUUUGGCCUUUAUCUAUUCUAGCACUACAUAAUUUAUUGUCGUCUCUUUCUUUACCAAGAAAAAUAGUUGAUUUGAACAUACAAAGUCCCUUUUUUACUAAAGACGACAAGUUACUCAAGCUUUUUUGGAAAAAUGUUAAAGCAAAAAAACGGCAUGAAAUAUCAGUAAUGUCAAAGAUAUGUUAUGAUUCCGCUUUAAAAACGGAUUGUUUUCAUAUUGUUGAUAUUGGCUCUGGACUUGGACAUUUAAGCAGAAUAUUAAACUACGGUUACGGAUUUAAAGUUUGCACAAUUGAAGCACAAGAAUUACUAAGCCAACAGGCUCAGAAUUUAGAUAAUGAAUUUGAGACAGUCCUAGAGCGAAAAUUCCCAGGGUAUCUAAAAUACAAUAAAAACGUCCAUAUUAAUAAAAGGAUUCAAUCAAAUAUCACGGCAAAUGAAUUUUUAACGCUCAUUAAAAGUGCAAUAAAUUCAGAAGAUGAUGACUUUAAAUUUGGAAUUGUAGGGCUUCACCCUUGUGGCGAUUUAGGGGCAACACUACUCAAAUUAUACACUCAAUGCCCCGAAGCUAGAUUUAUAAACAUCGUCGGUUGUUGCUACAUGAAACUAUCAACACUGCCCGGACUAACUCAAGGAUUUCCGUUAAGUCAAUUUUGUAAACUACGUAAUUACAAUUUAAGUUACCAUUCGCGAGAAAUAGCUUGCCAUGCAAUUGAGAAUUACAUCGAAAAAUUGAAUAGAAAUGAAUGUUGGAGGUUGAAAAUUCACACUUACAGGGCUGCUUUAGAAAAAAUAAUUGCACAAAAAUGUCCGAAAUAUCGCCACUCGGCUUUAAAUAACGUCAAAUAUAGUGAAGAUCUCACUUUUGAAAAUUACUGCCACAAAGCUACCAAAAAAUUGAAUAUCGAUUUUUCCGAUGUCACAUUACAGAGCAGCGAAAUUGAAGAUUUAUUGGCGCAAUGGAGAGAAGUUGUUGUGUUUUAUUCAUUGCGAUUGUUAUUCGCUCCAUUAAUUGAAUCAAUAAUACAUCUUGACCGCCUUUUGUUUGUUGAAGAGACCGGAAGUGCCGCUCAAAUUUUGCCAGUGUUUGAUGCACAAGUUUCACCUCGAACUCAUGUACUCACUGCCAGAAAAAAAUGAAAUAUAUACAGGGUGACCCAGGGGUUCGUGCACGCUCUAUAACUUUUUUUCUAUCCAAGUUAUCGACAUGAUUUUUUUUUUAAACGAUAGAUCCAACAAUGAGGCUCAUUAUAAAAAUAUUUCUAUUCCUAUACAGGAUGUCCCAAAUAAGAUACAAAACUAAGUUCCGUUUUUUUAAAUGAAAACCACAAUUUUU